AGCAUUAGAAAUAAGAACAAUGGGUUGUGUAAGCGUUGAAAAGGUGGUUGAUGCUUUGGUUGAUCCACUAAGGCAUUCUUUACAAGAUCAGUAUCAAUAUGUAAGAAAAACUGUUGCAAUCACAGUAUCAAAAUUACAUUUAAAUGGGAGACGCAGAAAUAUUGGCCAAGAGCGUAUUACACCAAGACUACAACAUAUCAAUUCUAGUUUAGUGCUAAUUGCAGUAAAAGUUAUCAUGUAUUUAAUAAAUGACAUGAUUAAAGAAUAUGAUAUUACAAAUAUGUUGACAUCAUUUUCAAGUGAGCCAGAAGUUCAGUAUGUGACACUUUGUAAUAUACUAUUAAUUAUUCAAAUAAGACCAGAUGUAUUAAGAAAUAAUAUUAAGAUACACAACUGA